AUGGCGGGUCCCUCAAAUGAGCUGCUGCCAACCGGAGACCGGGGUCUUCGGGCUGAGGCCAUUCAUCUGUUCAGACUGUGGGAAAGGGUUUAUUCGGUCAUCUCAACUAAGGUACAUCAGCGAGUUCACACUGGGGAGAGGCCGUUUACCUGCUCAGUCAGUGGGAAAGGAUUCACUCAUUCAUCUGUACUGAAGGUGCAUCAGAGAAUUCACACUGGGGAGAGUCCGUUCACCUGCUCAGACUGUGGGAAGAAAUUCACUGACUUAUCCAGGCUACAGGCCCACCAGCGAGUUCAUACAGGAGAGAGGACGUUCACCUGUUCAGACUGUGGGAAGGCAUUUACUCGGUCAUCUCAAGUGAUGGUACAUGAGCGAGUCCACACAGGGGAGAGGCCAUUCUCCUGCUCCCAAUGUGGGAAGAGAUUCUCUCAGUCCUCCCACCUUGUGACGCACUACCGAGUUCACAUUGGGGAAACUAUUUAAACAGGCAACAGGCUGCAGGCUGGAUAUUUCACCAUCAGAGUUGCUGAAUCAAGUUCAAAAGUGACUGUUGGUGCCGAACUCGGCAAUUACUGCUGCUGUUUAUCAAACCCAGUUCUGCACUCUGGUCACUGGGCGUGGGAGGCAUUCCUCGGCUAAUGUUCACGUUUAGUGGGACUGGAGUUUAAUGGUUUGUAUCUGUGAUGCAAAAAUCAGUUCUAAUUUAAAUCCUGUCCACACCUACAGAAUCUCCUUUCUCUCCCAGAAUAUCAUCUCUUAUAACUGCCACAAGGCCAAAAUGUACACUUCCCUAUUAAGCUUCAGAGUGGACAGUGCUGCCGACCUUUCUGAACAGGUGAACGGCCUCUCUCCACUAUGAACUCCCCACCCACUCAGCAGUAUCCAACAAGGUGUUCUGCUGAGGAGAACGCCCACAGGACAGUCCUGCACUGUCUUCCUAAUGACCCUUACCUCUGCUGGUGGUCACGCUUCUCCUGUCCGAAGCUUGUACUCUGGGUGUGGCCACCUCUUCAGAUGUUUCAUUGACAGUAUCUUCAGGCUCCCGAAUGAUCCUGAGUACAUCCAACUCUCUGAACCAGUCAGUCCGGCGCUGUGAUUGGGUGCACUUCAUGCAAAUAGUCAUCGGAAAACUGUCAGAUGUCCAGAGUUCCCACAUCUGACUGGAGGAACAUCCCAUCCUGACUGCUCUGCACCAAAAUACACCACUGUCUGAAUGAAUUAACAUAUGCAAGAAAAUAUCGAACGUGAAUGGGUCAAUGACAGUGGAAGUAGAGUGUUCAACUGUCUGUGUUUUUGCCAUGAGGUCGAAGGAAUAGAGGCUGCCAUUUUGUGAAGCUGCUCUUUAACCCCCAUUUUGUGAACUGAUUGCUGUGGGAUAACCUGAUCAGAUCAACUUUACACAAGAAGUUACUGGUGUUCCCAUUGUAAGCCUGAAAUCACUCUCACAUAAUCUGUGCAUUAUGUACACUGUCAGGUUUGCAGAAGCAAUCUCGUUAUCUCUGAACCUGAAGUCACUCUGAGAUAAGGUGUGGAUUACGUACAGUGGCAGUUCUACAGAAGGAAUCUCGAUAUUU